AUGUCUACUACACCUACUCCUACAGAACGGUUUGGUCAGCUGCCGGGUUUACCGCAGCUUCCAGCAUGCCUUGAAUUUCUGAAAUUAAAGCAGUUCCCACUCAAAGUAUUCCCACCCGUCGAUAAGCCAGCCACCCUCACCAAAGACACGCUGUACAUUUAUGGACCCGGUUGGCGCAAUUCCUGGGCCAGCUUUGACGUCGACUGUUUACAGAUGCAGAUGUAUCUUAAAUUCUGCGACGUCGAUUUCGACAUUGUCAACAGUAAUGAACCUCACGCUUCUCCUUCUGGAAAGUUGCCAUUCUUGGUGACGGUGCCGGGAGCCGUGUAUGAGAGUGCGAAAAUCCAUCAAUGGUUGAAAGAUACGCAAAAAGAGAAAACCUUGCCGAGUGCGACUGGUGAACAAGCUAAAGCUUUCAUUGCCUUAGCAAACUCUAAACUAUACGCAGCAUUGUUAUUUUCACAAUGGCUUGAACCCUUGAAUUACUCAGAGAUCACCUCGAAGGCUUAUUACAGUCAAGUACCCUCGCCCAUCAACUGGGUUCUCGCCUAUCGCAAAAAGACCGAUGUAGUUCAACGAUUACUCACAGACCGUGAUAUUUUGGUUCGUGAAGAGAUUUAUCAAGAUGCUGCCAAUGCUUUGGAAGCAUUAUCUGUCAAAUUAGGUGACGACACAUACUUUUUUGGGGAAAGUGAACCGACAUGGAUGGAUGCUGUCAUAUUUUCUUAUCUCCACGUAAUCAUGGGCGCACCACAAUUCACAGAUGGCACAUUUUCGGAUGAAAACAAACGACAAGCAGGCACUUUACGAGGUUUGGUCCGAAAGCAUGAAAACUUGGUCCAAUAUGCCAAAGCCAUCUAUGAAAAGUAUCUCAAAUAA